UUAAUGCAAUUUGAAUAAAAUUAAUAUGGAGAAGAUAUUCGAGCACAGCAUCAGCAGUUUAUUCCUUGAAGACUUUUUCGUCAUUCAACUCAUCGAGUUCUCAGACAUCACAGACGUCGUCAGGUACCGCCAGCUUAGCAGUUCGAUCAAAGACGCCAUCGAGCAAGAAAAUUAUGCUUUGUUCUUGAAAUUAAAGAACUACUUGCACAUUCCUUACACAUACGACAGCAGCGAGCUGGCGGCUCAGGAAAACAUGAUUUCUUGAAUCAGAGGUGUCGUCGAAGCGCUGAGCGAAGAGCCCCAGAGCAUCUCGCCCUUCGCAUUCUACACAGACGGAGGAGUCGACACAAACGGGAGUUACUACUUCUUGCAAAAUGUGUGGAAGAAAACAGGAAUUUGAUACUGAACAAUCGCCAACAGCAAUGUGCAUGUGCAGUCCGUGCUCUCCAAAUCUAUUGAUAUGCCUUCUGCAGAUAAUAACCCAAUGAAUUUCUUAGAAGAUAAGAAAAACAAGAACAAAAUACGAAUUCCAUAUGAAAAUUACAUUGUUGAUCCUAAAGCAGACCCUUUUCAUAUCCUGACGGAUUUCCAGAUUCAUCUCAGAAGUGGGGGCUAUAACGCUUAUGUUCAAACUUUUGCCGUAUUUUAUUCAGAAAGGGAAGUAGAUAAUAAAAAGUUUCAAAGUCUUACAAAGAGGUUCACUAAGGCAAUAAAGCCAACAGAUAUUCCUCUCCUUCGGUUAGGGGUGUUCCAUAAAGAGGACGAAAAGGAUUCUGGAAUUCAGAUUUAUGAAUUUGAUAUUUCUAAUGAAAGUUCUAUUGAAAGAUGAUUUAAAACGAGGAGUUAUGAUGUUUAUCCUCUUUUAUGGAUAACUAUCAAGCCGAAAUAUGUGAAUAAAACUAUCAAUUAUAGGAUAAAACAGAGAGUAGCAGCUAAAUAUGUUAGCUUUAAGCUUAUCAAAAGUUCAAAUGCUAAUUCAAAUUCGAAUAUUGAUUUAUAUAAUUUAGGUCUGAAGACCAUUCCUCUAAGGCUAGGCUCUUGAGAAGCAGAGUAAUAACAAAGCAAGGCUGAUUGGGUAACUAUCAAUAUGCUAAGAGUAUUUGUAUUCUUGAGUUUCCACAAUUCAUAUAAAAAUCAAU